AUGGCCACCCGGGCGGGGGCCGGGGCUGCGGUUGCCGGCGCCGCCGUUGUCGCGGUACUCUCGGCCGCGCUCAUGCUCUACGGGCCGCCGCUGGACGCAGUUUUAAAUCAAGCAUUUCCACUGCAUACAGCACGCUCUGUAAUGGACAUGGAGGCUGCUUUGCAGCUGGUGAGGAAUGUGGUGCCUCCUCUGGCCGCCUGGAAGCACAAAGGGCAAGCUGGGAGGAUAGGCGUGGUGGGAGGCUGCCCAGAGUACACUGGAGCCCCCUAUUUUGCAGCAAUCUCAGCUCUCAAAGUGGGCGCGGACUUGUCCCACGUGUUCACCACCCAGGAUGCCGCGCCUGUGAUCAAGUCGUACAGCCCGGAGCUGAUCGUUCACCCGGUUCUUGACAGCCCCAGUGCCGUCCAAGAUGUAGAAAAGUGGUUGCCCCGACUGCACGCCCUGGUCGUAGGGCCUGGCUUAGGCAGAGACGACGUUCUUCUCGAAAACGUCAAGGGCAUUUUAGAAGCGUCCAAGACCAGGGGCAUCCCCAUCGUCAUCGACGCGGACGGGCUGUGGCUGGUCGCUCAGCAGCCGGCCCUCAUCCAAGGCUACCAGAAGGCGGUUCUCACCCCCAACCACGUGGAGUUCAGCAGACUUGCUGAGGCUGUGCUGGGAGACCCCCUGGAUGGCAGGGACCGCUACAGAUCUGUGCAGAGACUCAGCCAGGCCCUGGGCAACGUCACCGUGGUCCAGAAAGGGGAGCAGGACGUGAUCUCUAAUGGCGGGCAGGCGCUCACGUGCAGCCAGGAGGGCAGCGGCCGCAGGUGUGGCGGGCAGGGGGACCUCCUGUCGGGCUCCCUGGGCGUCCUGGCGCACUGGGCCCUCCUGGCCGGCCCCGAGAAGACCAAUGGGUCCAGCCCGCUCCUCGUGGCUGCCUUUGGUGCCUGCGCUCUCACCAGGCAGUGUGCCCGCCAAGCCUUCCAGAAGCACGGCCGCGCCACCACCGCCAUGGACAUGAUCAGGGAGCUCGGGCCCGCGUUCAGCAGACUCUUCGAAACCUCAGCUGGUGCAGACGGAGGGGUGGCCCCGACGGGGGAGCUGCGUUUGCCCCAGCGCGGCACGUGGGAGUGGGAGGGACACCUGGGGCUCCGGGGUCAGGCGGGAGAUGGCACCCAGGUGGGGGGCGCCAACACCGCCUUCAUGCCUGCUCACGGGGCAGGACGGCGGGUCGCUCUGCUGCGAGAGUGGGUGUGGCUUCGGGAACGUUCUGAGGAAGUUCUCUGGAAGCAGGUCAGGAAGGUCAGUGACGAAGUUAAGGCGGCUGCCGGGCCAGCCAGGCCGUCCACGCAGCGCCUGACAGGUGCUGACCUGCUGCCCGGGGCCGCGCCUGCAGGAUCAACUCGAGCACAGCCCUGGCCCCGUGGUGUCUGCUCAGAGGCAGCAGAGGACGGGGUGUCCCAUGAGGUCACGCCCCGGGCUCAGGAGCCAGAGACCACGGUGUGGGCUGAUGUGACUUUACUGAACUACUGCGUCUAUGGCCGUCGAAACCCAUUCUCCAGCACAUCUACCAACACCUGUGGGGCAGUGACAGUUUGGUUUAAGGUUAACUGA